CUUUUCAUUUCAUUGCACCGCUCCUUAAACCCUCUCUCUCUCUCUCUCUCUGAGUUUUCUCUCUUAUUAUCACAAAAACAGAACAGAGAAAACGCAAUCGAAUCAAAAUGCAUUCAUUCGUUUACAGAGCCAACGCUUUGUUAACAUUUGCGGUUACAAUUCUUGCUUUCAUGUGUGCCAUGGCUUCUCUCUCCGAUUCAUUCAAUUCUCCCACUCCUUCUGCUCAAGUCCAGGUGUUGAACAUUAAUUGGUUUCAGAAACAGCCAAACGGCAAUGACGAGAUCAGCAUGACACUGAAUAUAUCAGCAGAUUUACAAACCCUUUUCACGUGGAACACAAAACAGGUUUUUGUAUUUCUAGCCGCUGAAUAUGAAACUCCAAAGAACUCGUUGAAUCAGAUAUCCCUUUGGGACGGUAUCAUUCCUUCUAAAGAGCACGCAAAGUUUUUGAUUCACACGUCAAAUAAGUACCGCUUCAUUGAUCAGGGAAGCAAUUUGCGCGGUAAAGAAUUUAACCUAACUUUGCACUGGCAUGUUAUGCCAAAGACCGGCAAAAUGUUUGCAGAUAAGAUAGUCUUGCCAGGUUACCGAUUGCCUGGGGAAUAUAGAUGAUUCCUCUUUGUCAUGUCAAUGUUUUUUCUGUAAUUUUACCCUUUUUUGUAAUGGAUAUGAAAGGUUCCUUCGUAGAAGUAGAAUCACGGGAAACAAAUUCGUGUCUUGGAUAGUGAAAAUGAAUAGCAUUUGAAUACUUGAAAUUUGAAUAUCCAAAAUUUGCUUGUGGUAUGGUCUCAAUAUUCACAAGUUUAUGUUCCUUUGAGAAAAAA